ACACGGUCAAGUGCAUCAGGCUGUUAUUUCAUGUUUGAAGCGCAGAAUCGGUAAAGAUGGCGAUGUGUGCGGCGCUCCGAUGUGCUUCGGCAAACUUUUCGGCAGCAUUGCCCCUGCUCACAAGACCAGCACACAUCUCGACGUGCCAAAUUCUGCGAAGACCAAACAAUUUAAGGACGCUUUACACGAGCUCGCGUCUCUCGGGAGCUCUGAAAUUUACAGACAAACAUGAGUGGGUACAAGUAGAGGGGGAUGUGUGUAGAGUUGGCAUCAGCAACUAUGCUCAGGAAGCGCUAGGUGAUGUGGUUUACUGUGGGCUUCCAGAGGUGGGAACAAGACUUGAACAAAUGGACGAGUUUGGUGCUUUAGAAAGUGUCAAAGCUGCUAGCGAGUUGUAUUCUCCAUUGACUGGAGAGGUAACCGAAAUCAACACAAAGCUGUCAGAUAACCCUGGACUAGUAAAUUCAGCCUGCUACGAAGGCGGAUGGCUAAUUAAGAUGACCAUAGAGAAACCUGCAGAACUUGAUGUCCUCAUGGAUGAAGCUGCUUAUGAAAAAUUCAUCAAAUCCCUUGAUUCAUAAAGGUGUUGAGAAUUUCAUUAUUUGUUGUUCUAAAUCACGCAGAGCCAUUUGGAAUUCAAAAUCGCUAUUUAGGAUGCCACUGUUAGAAUGAGAACUCAAACUAUUGUUUGAAAUAUAUUUAUUUUGAUUUUGUCAUUUUUGUUCCCACCAUAAUCAUUUCUGUAAUGUGUUAGAUUAAAAAGCCACAUUUUUCAAAUGGUUUUAGGUGCUUAAUGUGAAGGGAGGAGCUGGAUCUUAAGUAGUGUAUUUGCCAAUAGUGGGUGCCAUUGAAGUAACCGACAUCAUGCAAUAAAAUGGACAUUUUUUAUUUGUGAUUUUCAUUAUGGCAUGAACCUUUCCCUUUGCAAUUAAAAUGUAUUAAGUCUUAAGUCUCUUCUAUUGAUGACCCUUGUUACUUACUGUUGUUUUCCGUAUCUUAGACUACAU